CGCAGGGUCGACUUCUUCGCCCCCGGCUCCGGAGUCUACGCCGUGCGCUUCCACUCCAACGAGGGCUUCGCCGCGUUCACCGAAGCCUACCGCGACGCGCUCUUUGAAAACACGCAUGGAAUGCGAGCCUCGGACGAUAACAAGGAGAAGGUGUACGGCGUCGGCAUGUCCGCCUGGGCGCAGGGCGAGGACCACCCGGACGCGGUGUGGGACCCGACGGACGAGCGACCGCCGGGGGACGCCGCCGACGCCGACGCCGACGCGAUGGAGGAGGACGACUACGAGGACGAAUCAAAGGGGCAUCACACCGCCUCCGGAGAGGACGUCCUCGACAUGAAGAUGGGAGCCCUCGAUAACUCGUUCCUCGUCCGCGGCAACGCGGUGGACGUCUUCAGGAACCAGGCCGGCGGGGCGCUUCGCGACGCGAACGUCCGCGUGUCGCUCAAGGAUGCCGACGGGGCGUUCAUCACGCCGACCAAGGGCAUCUUGGCCGACGCGGAGCAGUCCAUGCUGCUGCUCUCGCCGGAGACGGGCCGCCGGGAUAAGAUCUACCAGAUGGACCUGGAGCGCGAGUGCGUGGUGAGCGCGUGGGGGUGCAACAAGGACGGGGUGGACGUCCCGAUGACGGACAUCGUCACCGACAGCAAGUCCAGCCAGAUGGAGGCUGGCCGCGGUACCUUCCUCGGUCUGGACGAUAACCGCCUCGUGCGAUGGGACAUGCGAAUGGAGGGUGGAAUCGCUCAGACGCUCGCGUCACCCACGCUGGGGUACGCCGACGGGCAUGAUUUCGCGCGCGGGACCAAGUUUCGGUGCAUGGCGACCACCGGCGACGGGUGCAUCGCGGUGGGCUCCGAGGAUGGAAAGAUUCGACUGUACUCGGACAAAUCCAUGCGACAGGCCAAGACGUCCUUCCCGGGACUCGGCGCGCCCAUCACCGCCAUAGACGUCACGCACGACGGCAAGUGGAUUCUCGCCACGACGGACACGUGCCUCGUGCUCCUCCACACGUGCGUCAGGGAUGCAAAGUCCGGCGACCUCACCACCGGCUUUAAAACCAGAGCGGGCGAGCGCAUCCCCGCGCCUCGGUUGCUCAAGCUCAAGCCGGAGGACGCCGCCAAGGCUAAGGGCGCGCCGCUGGUCAAGGGAAAGUUCACGUGGGUCACGGAGCAGGGUAAGCAGGAGCGUUGGAUCGUCGCGUCGUGCGGUACCUACUCCAUCCUGUUCAACUUCAGGCGCGUCAAAGCCGCCACGGCGCCCGAGCGCAGGCUGUUGGAGUACACCGACUACAACGUCGUGGCGAAGGACGCGCAGAUUGCCGAGUCCACGUUCGUUCACGAGAAGUUCACCGGCAACGACACGCACCUGGUGAUUGCCACGACCAAGGGCGACGUGUUCUGCGCCGGCGGAUAG